AUAAUCACAAUUUUAAGACAGUUUUAUAUGCCAUAUCAAAGGAUUAUAAUAGGAACAAAGGUUCAGAUAAAAUUCUAGAUAAGAUAUCAACAGCAAGUUCACUAGGUUUCACUGCAUAACAAGCGAAAUUCGAUAGUGAUUUUUUUUAAAGAAAAUGGCUCCAAUUAAGUUGUAUUAUUACCCUGUAAGUGGUCCCGCCAGGAUAGCGUUGAUGGCUGCAAGAUUAAUUGGAGUACCUAUACAAUUAGAAAUAGUGGAUUUAAUGAAGAAGGAGCAAUAUAGUGAAGUUUAUUUGAAGAUAAAUCCACAACACUGCGUACCCACUCUUGAUGAUGAUGGUUUUAUACUUUCGGAGAGUCGCGCUAUAGCAUGUUACUUAGCUGAUAAAUAUGGAACCGACGACACGAUUUAUCCUAAAGAUCUUAAAAAACGCGCCAUAGUCAACCAGCGUCUUUAUUUUGAAUGCUCAACUUUACUUGUGAAAAUGCGAGCUAUAUGUCAUCCAAUACUAUUUAAUAUUGAAACGGAAAUAAAAAAGAACCUUCGUGAUGAUUUUAACGCAUCUUUGUCCAUUCUGGAAAAAUAUUUGACGGACAGCGAAUGGGUGGCCGGUGAACAUGUAACUAUCGCGGAUACAACGAUCUUUGCUUCCAUAUCAGGAAUAUUCGCAACAGGGUGGGAUUUAUCGUCUUUUCCGAAUAUCCAACGAUGGCUUAAUAGCUGCUCUAAUUUGCCUGGUUACGAAGAGAUUAAAGAAGGAGCAAAAAUCUAUGGAGAUCUUGUGAAGAAAAAUCUAAAGCAAUAAAACUUUUUACUGUUAUUAUAAAAUGAAAUACUGUAUACUUUUAUUUUUCUACUAAAUGUAAUGAGAGAU